AUGAAUAGCAUUUGAUCUUGAUUGCAAAGUAAAAGAGAUGGAAACCACCACCGGAAUAGCAAAGAAGGGCGCCGGAGGAAGAAAGGGAGGUGAUUCAAGGAAGAAAUCGGUGACUAAGUCCAUAAAGGCCGGUCUUCAAUUCCCCGUCGGUCGUGUUGGUCGUUACUUGAAGAAGGGAAGAUAUGCUCAACGAGUUGGGUCCGGAGCUCCGGUGUACUUGGCCGCAGUUCUUGAGUAUCUGGCAGCUGAGGUUCUUGAGUUAGCUGGUAAUGCAGCGAGGGAUAACAAGAAGAAUAGGAUCAUUCCAAGGCAUCUUCUGCUUGCGGUGAGGAAUGAUGUUGAAUUGGGGAGGUUGCUAUCUGGAGUUACCAUUGCUCACGGCGGUGUUCUGCCAAAUAUUAACCCUGUUCUUUUGCCCAAGAAGAAUGACAAGGCAUUGAAUGAAGGGAAAUCUCCAUCCAAGGCAACCAAAUCUCCCAAGAAAUCAGCUUAGAUUACCCUGUUCUUGUAUAAUCGGUUUAUGUUUACGGUAUAUUGAUGGAAAAUCUAGAUAAAUAGGGCAGCGGCCAGUCUAUUGUAAUUCAUAAUUACUUAAUUAGAAAAAUGUGUUUUUAAUUUUAUUCCA